AGACUCUGUGAGAUCUUCGCCCUGCCUUUGUCUUGAAUACCACUGGCAGGAACCAGGCAGGAAGUGUGACCUCACACUGGCUCUGCCUAUGUUAUGAAACAGUCGCCUGAGCACCAGACUUCUGCACACUGCAGUCAUGUGCACAACAAGUAUUAGGAGAGGGAAUGGAAAUUCCUUUUUCAAGAGGCCUCGGCACCUGUUGGCGUUCUGAUGUUUUACUUUCAGUCGAAGAACAGCUCAGUCCUCGCUUUCUCUGCUAUCAACCACAGGGAGCAUCACAUUUCCGCUCCACCAGGUCCAACAGAGAAUGUAUUGGAGAGCUGGCUCCCUCGUGUAUUUUCCCAAGCCUGGCCUUCGACUUCCUGGACGGUGGGAGUCCCUUUGAAUGCUGCUCCAUCGACCCCUUGACAGGCUCCCAUUACACCUGUCGCCGCAGCCCCAGACUCCUCACCAAUGGCUACUAUGUGUGGACGGAGGACAGCUUCCUCUGUGACGAAGAUGGCAACAUAACUCUGAACCCUUCCCAGACCACCGUCAUGUACAAGGAGAACCUGGUCAGAAUAUUCAGGAGGAAGAAGAGAGUCCGCCGCUCCCUUCCUUCUCUCUUCAGCCUCAGUGCCUCCCAAUCCUGGCUGUGUGGAAGUGUCUUGGGUGAUUCUGAUACUUCCCCCCAUGAGGACAUCUGGCUGGAGGGUGCCAGGAGGCUGGAUUCAUACCACAGCAGCGAGAAUGAAGGGGAUUUCAACUGUUCUUCUCUGACUGACAACCUGGAGAAGCCAAAGGCAGCAUCUGUGACAGCCUCCACUUCCAGCCAAAUCACAUCUCAGCCUCCCAGAGGAAGCUCCCGGGACACCCUUCAGUCCCUGUGGAAUGCCCCUGAACGUUUGCAAGAGAACAUUGUGGAUCAUUCACAAACCAGUGUGUUUCCGGGUGUCUCCUUUCAGGCAGUGCUGCUUACAGCAGGCUUCAUCAUUUCUCUAUGUGCAAGAUGGUGGAUUGGAGGAGUAUUAUCCAAUGUCUUCACGUGCAUGCUGGUGAUAACAAUUGCUUAUGUUGUCCAGUCAUUGUUCCUCAGCCUCGCCAGCUAUUUCAAAGCCUCCGCCCAUGCCUGGUUUGCCAGAAUUUGACAACCAUUUAGGAAUGCCUCUGAUGAAUCUCUUCCAUCUGAAUAUCCGGAAAUUGUCCAACUGGCAGUCUGCUUGGAAUUGACUGUUAUAUUUGCAAGGGAGUAAGCAGCUGGAUGAUGGAGGGGAAAAAAAAAAACAAAUUUGGCUAUGGGACUUCUGUUUAAACCCUCAGUUUCCCCUCACAAUGGUAACAUGCUUAUGAGAAUCAUAUGAAUUUGCUUUUCCUUUGCGAACACUGGUGGUUGAAAAGGAAAGGACGAGGGUGGGUGAGAGAGAACAGAGCGCUGGAGUGAAUGGCCCUGUCAUUCCCUCAGGCCCUGGUUCUCAAGCUUUAAUUUUCACUGGAGAAUCCUGUGUGGGGCUUGUAGAAGGGUGGAUUCCUGGGUAUGCCAGCCGGUGGGAACCUGUGCCUUACUGUCCUGCUUUAAUUGGCCACUGAAAAUAAGUUCAUGUAAUCAAUUCCAGCUGGGAAGUAAAGAAAUGCAGUUUGCACAUUCAG